CAAAACUUCUGAACAGACACCAACAGACCCAAACACGUGAAAAACAUUGCUUCUCGAUAAUUUUGUUAAAUUAGUUAAAAUACAAUGGGACGUAAAGUGAAUUUUGCUGAAAAACCGAAGAAAGGACCUGGAAAGAAGGCAAAGAAACAGCCAGCACCAAAAUUCUCCAAGAAACUAUUAGGAACAGAAGAAACAGUUGUAGAUUUAAAGAAGCUGUCUCAUCGACAAAAGCAGCGAUUUGUCAAGAGAUCAGCCAGAAAGGAGAAACUACUAACAGCCAAUGCAAAUGCUAUUGCAAAAAAGAAGUUACAGCAUAAACAAAAAAUAGAGAACAAAUAUGAAAGUUCCGAGGAAUCUGAAGAGGCAGGAAGUGAUGACGAACAAAUGGAAUCAGAUGAAGAUAUCAAGCAAGUCGAAAAGUCAAUGAAAAAAGGAUUUAAACAGGUAAAAACUCCUGUAGAAGAAUCAGAUGAAAGCGAUGAUGAAAAUCAAUUUGAAAGUAACGACGAGGAUGACAGCGAUGUUAUGCCUGAUAAUUUCGAUCAAGCUGGAGACUCAGAAUCAGAUUCAGAUGAACAAGAGCCAUCAAAUAAAAGAAAACGUGACAUUUUGGCUGAUUCAGACGAUGAAAGCGAGCAGGAACAGCAAGGAAGUGAUGAGCAAGAAAGCGAUGAAGAGUCAGGAGAUGAUUCCGAGAAUGACAGGAAGUUGCCAAUUGAAAAAGCUAGUAAAAAAUUAAAGCUUCAAAAGGAAAAGGAUGACAAAUUAGCUGAAGAUGAAUUACAACUUAAUAUCGCAGAUAAAGAAAAGUUCAGCCUCGAUGAGGCACUAGAUGUCGAUAAAGCAUUAAAUUUACAAGAUGUCCAACAAAGAAUUAAGGAUGUAGUAGCAAUUCUUAUGGACUUUUCAGCUAAUCGUGAUCCAACACGUUCCAGAGCUGAAUAUGUGGAUGUUUUGAAGAAAGAUUUGUGCACUUAUUACAGCUAUAACGACUUUCUCAUGAUGACAUUAAUGGAUGUAUUUCCAGUAAAUGAACUUGUUGAAUUUUUGGAAUCAUCAGAAGUUCAACGUCCAUUAACAAUCCGAACGAAUAGCUUAAAGACACGUAGACGUGAUUUAGCACAAGCUUUAAUUAAUCGCGGUGUUAAUUUAGAUCCAGUUGGAAAAUGGUCAAAAGUUGGUCUUACAAUUUAUAGCUCACAAGUUCCAUUAGGUGCUACACCUGAAUAUCUUGCUGGACAUUAUAUUAUUCAAGGUGCAUCAAGUAUGCUUCCAGUUAUGGCAUUAGCACCACAAGAAAAUGAAAGAGUUCUCGAUAUGUGUGCAGCUCCAGGCGGUAAAAGCACACAUAUUGCAGCCAUCAUGAAGAAUACAGGAGUUUUAUUCUCAAAUGAUGUUAAUAAGGAUCGUAUUCAUGCUAUUGUCGGUAAUUUUCAUCGUUUAGGAAUUAUUAAUUCAGUUGUAACUUGUGUUAAUGGAAUUGAAUAUAAGAAAUUUAUUGGCGGAUUUGAUCGUGUCUUGCUUGAUGCUCCAUGUUCAGGAAGUGGUGUUAUAUCUAAAGAUCCAUCAGUAAAGACAUCAAAGACACAAGUUGAUGUUCAACGUUGCUAUAAUUUGCAGAGAAAAUUGAUUAUUAGUGCCAUCGAUUGUUUAUCAGCAAAAUCUAAAUCUGGUGGUUAUUUAGUCUAUUCUACAUGCUCAAUACUUCCAGAAGAAAAUGAAUGGGUUGUUGAUUAUGCUUUAAAGAAACGCAAUGUUCGUUUAGUUCCAACUGGAUUAGAUUUUGGAACAGAAGGAUUCACUAGUUAUCGUGAAAAGCGAUAUCAUCCAUCAAUGAAACUUACUAAACGUUAUUAUCCACAUACACACAAUAUGGAUGGAUUCUUUGUUGCUAAAUUACAAAAGAUAUCAGAUACAAUUCCUGAAAAUGACACAGAGGAUAUUGAUGACGAAGAACAGCUCGAAAAUGAAGAGGAAAAUCAAGAAGGCAAGAAGAAACGAGUCGAUAAACGCGAUUGGUUCCAUAAAGAUCUAGAAGAAAUGAAAAAGAAACCAGAAGAUCCAGUAAAGAAACAAAAUUAUGUCACAAAUGUUUUUGAAAAGCCUUUAAAGACGGAAAAAACGAAGAAAACUAAGAAAAGCAAGAAAAAUAUCCAGCCACAAACCGAAACUGAUCCAAAAACUUUAGUGUCAACACCCAAGAAAGAUAACAAUGAAAAGAAUUCAACGCCAGCUGCAAAUAGCAACAAGAAGAAACAAAACCAGAAAAAUAUCCAACAAGAAAACGGAAGUGAUACAAUAGCUUCAGUUCCAUCAGCCAAGAAGGCAAAGAAAAAUAUCCAUCAACAAAAUGGAAGUCCAAAAGCUCCAGUUUCAACACCUAUAAAAGAUAAGAACGUAAAAGUAGUCAAUGGAAAGAAUUCAUCACCAGCGACUAACAGCAGCAAGAAGAAAAAGUUUCAGAAAAAGUAAAUGAAUUAAAUUUAAAUUUAAUGGACUAAAUUGAGG